AUGGAUUGUGGUGCUUCCAUGACUGCCGUGAAUGACACAGUCAAUUUGGAUGAGGAUAGUAAUAACAGUUUGGUCAAAGAUGACCUCAUAACCUUGGCGUGGCGUCUUACCCAAAUGAAGGGACAGGAAGUGAACAACACGGUCAUCGGUGACAAUCGAGAGCUCAUCGGCUCCAAUGAGGACGGAGAUGGAAAAGAUGCCGCAGAUCUCGAGUCCGUACUCGGUCCGGAUGCUGAUCGUUUGAGCGCUGCAGAUCAUGUGUCCGAUUCGUUUCUGCAAUCCCUGGUCAACGACUCUCCCGGUCUCGCCUUGGGCAGUGCCGAUGACGAUGAUGCCGACGCGGAUGUCGAAACCGCACGUUUGUUCGAUUCUGACUUCGGUGUCUGUGUCACGGAUGAUCCUUUGGACGAUCCCGCUCAGACGACCAAUGUGAACCAACAGCACACAGGUGUGUCGCACCAAGGAUCAUCGUGCAUGGAUAGUGCCACUCAAUUUGAAUUGGAUUUGGAAGCAUUUGCGAAAUCCGAUUGUCCCCUGGACACCAGCGCAUCCGGACACUCAGUCCCCGUGCCUAGUUCGCAACAAGUGCGCUCCCUAUUCCAAAACAGUUCCAACGCACACCAUCAUCCGGCUAAUCGGUCACGUGGGCUUCCAUGUGACCUCUCACGAACCAUGUCAGCGGAGUCAAAACUUCUCGGUCUAUUUGGUUCUGGUACGCGUCGGCACGGUAGUAAAACUCAUCGCUCCACUCAGGAAGAUGAUUUUCUUGCUGUCGAUUUUGCCGACGCCGAUGGAGACUACACAACUGCAGAACAGUUCAAUGAGGCUCUCCUACUUCUUGGUCCACAACCCAAUUCCCCCGUCGAAUUAUCUCUUACGUAUGAUAAAUCGAUUAAGGAGCCUUGCGAAUUACAACCACCACAGGAAACCCACGAGACCGAACCCCAAGUAAAACCAGCAGAUCAAACAGAGAACCAUGCUCCAGAAACGACCGCAUUAAUGGAUCAGUUGCCCUCGAUUGUACCGAAUAGUCCGCGGAGGCUUACCUAUUUAUCCGAGCAAGAAAUCUGUAUUGAUCUCGAAUGUUUCGAUUGCGAGUCAGAAGACGAUACUGUUUCCGAAAGGGCCGUUGUUACCAUCACAACUGAAGAUGUUAGUUCAAAAUGUUUAAGACCCCUUAUGGAAACCACAGUUGCACAAUCUCCGAAGCUUUGCACGUUUCAGCUUCCAUUGGCAACCGUCUUAUUGGACACAAUUGAACAAACCGAGCCUGUAAUGCACACUUUUCCGGAAAUCACAAAAAUCGAAGUCUAUAGAUCGAGUGAACAAGAUACUGUACACAAUGCAUCGAAUCCUACUACUCCAACGCAACUCAUGGAAUCGGUAGAUAUUCCUCAAGACUCAAAAUCGGUGGAAGUUUCUUCAAUGAUUCUUGAGUCACGUGACACCAAAAGCGGGGAUUCAGAUGAAGAAGCCACACUGGCCAUGAGGUUAGAUUCUAAUCAAAUACCUGCUGAGGAACAUGUGUUCAACACAGACUCGGCUAAAAACCAGCACUAUAGUUCUGUCAGGCGCUCGAUUCCCCGUAAUGUUCGACCAGCAAAACGUCAAUUUCGGGCUCGUUCCAUCAGUCUGGCUACUCCGUUAGAGUUGGCUGCUUCAACUCCAACUCGAGUCUCGCGUAAUCGCCGUCGUUUGCUCAGUGCACCAUCGCAGAUCCCACCAUUAUCUGCCGUCUUACGACAUACACGUCAAUCAAGCACUCGAUACGCAUCUCUCAAGAAAACCGAUUCUGACGAUCAUCCAUCUAUAUCUGGUUCGGAUUCUCAAAAACUAUCACCACAACCUCAUAUGGCUGCGGUUCCUAGCACAGAACAGUCUUCACAUUUAUCCGCGGACGAAUCAGCCACCGAGCCAAUGCAAGCUCAGUCUAUUCUUACUGUGCUGGCCUCAUCUUCCGCUCUCCUCGAGGCUGCUGCUGAUUUAGGUUCGGAGUCAGACGUUUCACCAGUCAAAUCCAGUUUGGGCUUAGAUACUUUGGAUCGGAUGUUGAAGAACUGUCAAAAGCGAAGCCAACAAGCUUUGUGCGACACAACAGAUAGCAAGUCUAGUUUGGUCAGCUCUUUGGAGAGUGAUGCAACUGGGGGCUCCCAGACAGCAACAGGACAGAGUACAGUGCCGAUGACCUGUUUGGGCACAGAACAAGAUCGAUCGAUUGCCUCUGAGGGAGCCUCGACUGAACCCGACGCAGCAGAUACAACCAGUCUUAGUAACUGGACUUCCAUCACUGACUGUGAUAGAGAAACCACCUCAAAACCGAUUGUUAGUGAUGUCGAUGGUGGCAGUCAUCGUCGUCGCCGUCGAGUGGUUGGAAGACGAAGCAAAAAGACAAUUUCUCGUCGACGAAAACAGCCAGAACGCGUCCAAGCUUCCGAAGGCACCAGGUCGUCCGAAACCGACCAAAUCAGAUCGGAUUCUGUUGAACUGGAAUUCACGUACCCAACCGAAAAGAACACACUGUUGACACCGACAUCCGAUCACGCUUCUUCUGAUGCGUUACGGGCUUCCUCGAUCGAUUCAAUGGCUUCCAACUUACCACUCACUGGUUUCCUUUUUUGUUCCUCCGAGAGGCCACACUCGUUUGGUCUGUCCUCAGAAUCUAUGGCCGCAAUCCAGUCUGCAAAUAAUUCGGUGCCGAUUGGAGAUUUCAGUCAACAUCUGCCGCAGCUGACAUUAGCUCAGGGUGGUCCACUGUUUCCGGAUCUGCCACCGUCACCCACAGAUGUCCUGUUUCACGAAUGCGAUUUAUGCAAAUCAGACUCUGUGAGACCAAUCGAAACGAACCCCGAUCCUGUGGAACAACUAAACAUAGAACAGAGACAUGAGCCACAACCGCUUGAGCGCGUCCAUCACGGGCGCCUCAAAUCGAAAGAUUCACCUAGUAUUCAGCCUGCCAAAGCUCAGGCCCAGUCGAGCGGUUUUUUCAACUCUACCACAGUGAUUUCCACCACAUCCCGUCCAAUUCAUUCACGGGUACCACCACCGCAUCGACGAAGGCGAAAGCGUUCCGGGCGGUCACGAUCCGCGGGUAAAGUCAGCCACAGUACACUGGAGUCUACGGAAACACACACGAGUCUAUGCCCGCCCCGAAGCGCAUUUGAUUUGGCCAUUAUUACUCCGAUCAACCUAAAGAAACCGUCUAUUGAUGCACCGUUUGCUCGAUUUGCUGUGAAUCCUGAGCUGCCCACAUUCGCGGAUGUACAAACCAAUGGAUUAGGUGAUGCAUUCGCUCGCAAGUCAGACGGUCCUCCGAUCUGGGAUUCCGGUCUUUGUCCAGGGGCUCCACUGUUUGUGAACACCACGGUCAAGACGUCUGAGAGCGAACAGAACAAGAUGGAAACACACUCGCUGUCUCCGACUGCUCUGAUCGAUACAUCAUCCGAAGUUGCUGAAACAAGUUCCGAUCGUGUCUCACUUAGUUCCACCGCAUUUCAUGACGACGAGAAGCCGAAUCCAACAACAAGCUGCUGUCUGUCUGAUUUGGCUUCAUUUUCACCACAUCUGACCAUUGCCUCAUCCACUGGAUCCCUCUCACUAUUUGAUCAGUCGAUCGGAACUUUUCCGGUUCUUCGAAUUCCACCAUUCGGUCAGAUGCCCUCGUUGUCCGUAAUUGCCACUUCACAGUUGCCCAAGACUGGAGAUAUGGGUGCUGUUGCUCUAUCUACACCGAGUCCAGCAGCUUCAUUGGCUACACCACCGUCUCUACUCGCAGGUGCUGUCGCAUUCAAUACGGACGCUGUGGCCACAAUUCCCGGGCUUAAAUUACCAACAGCUACUGGAUUGUCUUCGCUUUCCAUCACCACCACCACGCGAGUACCCGGAUCAACAUUCGGUAGUUUUGCGGGUGCUGCAGCUUUUCGUGCGACAAGCUUCAGUGCGUUGGCUGCAAAAGCUGAAAGUUCUUCCGAUAAGUCUAAAGGUCUAUUGUGGACUGAACGUUUAACAUUCUCCGAUCUGGCUAAAGUGGCUUGCCAAUCAGACCUAGCGAAACCCCUGGCUUCGAAUCGGUCCAAUGUCAGCGGGUGGGGUCAAGAAACGGAACAAUCUGAAAACCGGCUUAACGGUUUAUCUUCUGUCCGCCUGUUUCAAAAUUACACUCAGAGCGACCCGCAAAACAAUUCGGAUAGUGGUCCGGCAUCUCAGCACACAUCCGAUGAAGGAGAGCAGUCCACCAGUUUAUUGCUCAGUACAUCUGUGGUCGUAAAUGGCACUUCAUGCGAACUGGCGGUAUCCAGUACAUCCGAUUUGGAUCCUCCAUCACCAAGCACAACGAACCUUUUUGAGCCGACCGAUGUUUCUAGACGUGAACCGAAGCCAACAAAGACGACACAUUCUUCAAGGAAAGGUUCACGGCGUCGUCGAGGAUCUCGCAAAGCGUCGCAGUCGAUACGUAAGCACAAAACAAGCCAACUGGUCCCGGAUUUUGAACAAGGAUUUAGUCUUCCCGUCAAUCCAACAACCGCCGAAAAUCUCGAUCUCCAAUAUACUCCGCAUGACAUUACCCGCGGCGAUCCACUAUCACCCAUAGCAACUCACGAAGAUUCAAUUCCUCUUUCUGUGACCAAGGAAGAUUCGACACCGAUCUUGGAUACUCAAAAAGAUUCAUUUCCACCCAUCACAACUCAUGAAGAUCCAACCCCGCCCGCUGCUGAAGACUCAUUUCCACCGUUAGAUACGCGUGAGCAUUCAUUGUCUCCUACCGCAACUCAAAAAGAUUCGAUCCAGCUUAGCACUACCAAUGAAGCUCCCACAUUACCGUUAAAAACUCAUAGUGAUUCCCUCUCACUCGUGGCCACUCAUGAAGAUUCCCCGCCUAUUGUUAGCAAUCACGAGGAAUCACCCCUGAUUGUUCGAACAGAUGAAGAUUCAUUCUCACCUGUGGCGAAUCACGAGGAUUCGCUCUUGCCUGCCACUAUUCACGAGAAUUCACUUCCGACUGGACUUUCUGAACCGAAAUCUAGUCCACCGAAAGUGGAAACGUUUUCGGAAACGGUAGCUCAGGAGACUGAACACGUAUGGGAAGCUGUUCCAGCCCAAGUAGACGAUCAGGCACUCGAAUGUUUUGAUGCACCAGUUGUAGAGACUUCCAAUACAUCAGAGAUUACAGCGACUGAACCGAAGACUGAUUCGGCGCCUCUAGGUGAUUACGAAGUCAGUGCGAUUCCGUCUACGCCUAUUACGAAUGAACCCGUAUCCUCUCCCAAACUGGAAUCCAUACCGGAUCGUCCUGAAAGUACAUCCCCGGCAAUCGAACCAGUCGUUGAAACCCUACCUGUUGCUUCACUGUGUCCAGAAGAAGAUGCAACUUGUAUCACAAAUUUUGAUGUCACUCAUUCACCGGUGGACGAAAUCAUCACCUUACCACUGGAUCAGGAAGAUUGCAUCGCAUUGGCUGCUGAACCGGAAUCAGUAACGAAUUCAAACGACGCGCAUGAUGCUUCCGAAAGUGAAAACCUUCUGACACCAUCUAAAGGCUUGGAAUUGUCUGAAGACGGAAUCAAUGAAGUCGGUAUGCAUUCGUCGGAGACUGAACCAGACCCGACGCCUUCUACAGCCAACGCGGAGCCGUCUCGGGAGGAAGAUGAAUCUACGCACCCUAAAAGCUCUUCGCAUUCUGAUACUGAAGCACCAAACCCAUCGGGAUCAACUGAUCAUAAUCCAUGUCCACCGAUUCGACUCCGUCUGAAUUUGAAACUCGCCACGGUCGAGCAUUCACAAAGCCGUGGAAAGAAAACGAAAAAAUCCAAGCGUCGUCACGCUCAAAAAAUUAUUUCUGCACUGCCCAUGCAGCAUCAAAACAGUCCAAUGACAGCUGUCGUUUCAGCCCGAACACCCACUUCCUUGAGUAUUCGUCUAGCGCCGAGGCCAAAAAUUACUCGACUCCCCGUAACCCAACGCAUUCUUAGUUUAAAUCCACCGGAGUCACAAACUCGCGAUUCUAUUCCGAGGCGCGCGCGCUCGCGACGUGCCGGUCACCGAGGUCCACGCAGCAGAUCUGAUCGUGGCAUUUCAAGCGUCCCAGACAGUACAACAGUUACGGUUCAGAAUGCAGCCGUAGCUUGGACAAGCAAUAAUCCAUCGACCACUACCCAUUCGAACACACAAGUUUACACAGUCGUCCCCAAUGCGACGCGGUCCGUCAGUGCCUCUCGAUCUUCCGCUGCAGGUCCAGUCUCUCGCACCGGCUAUCCUCCACGUUUGGGAUCGGUUUUUGCGAAGAAAAUAUUUUCUACUGCAAAACAGGAUCGACGUAGCAGUUAUGCACACCUGGCCCAACCUUGGCGAUCCAGCAUGCGUGGUUCUCCGCGCAAACGCGGAUUAUCUCGACCGCAGUCCGGGGCACCGAUGAACAAACCAUCCGGUUCUGUUUCCCAACCGGGCCCCCCGACGACCGAUCCGAAAACCGCUCCUGCUCUUCCGGUCCCAUCCACUUCACCGGCAAUUCGUGGUAUCAUCGGUCGACGUGGUCGUCGAGGCUCCGGUCGAGGUCGCGGUCGCUUGAGCAAACGCGCCUUAUCCGUGGACACGGAUCUGAGCGACAAACGAGUAAAUGGUCAUCAACAACGCUCGAUUCCAUCCGCUGAUCCACCAGCUAUUCGCUUGGUUAUUCGGUUGGGAAAACAUGUACAACAGACACAGUCCAUGGAACGUGUGAUUCACAACGCAUCCUCGGUGUCCCCAGCCGUGACUCGUAGUCCAUCUCAAAAUUCCGAAUCGGAUCAAGAAGUGAUGCGAUUCACUCAGGCUUCUGCCACACGAUCGGACCUGCUACUGAAUGAACGAAUUGCCGAUGCGGAUGAAGACGGAGAUGAUGAAGUGGUUGAUCCUGGGGAAAGCGGAGCAGUGGUUGAACCGGAUGAUGUUGAAGACGAUUUGAAUUCCACCGACGAAUUGCCACCAUUUGAGUUUUGCACGGCCACCGAAGCAGAGACUUACAUGGAUCCGAACCAAGUUCGUAUUCAUCGAAUAGUGAAUCAGGCUGUCACGUCCCGAUCCUCAGUUGGUGACUGUUUCCUCGGCUCGGACGACGAAGAUGAAGAUGAUGGUGUGGUCGAUACAAUUCUUAAAGCAACCGCUCCGACAGAUCGACUGGUAUCUUCACUCGGGUUUAACGAGCAUUUACCGACCAAGCAG